AUGUUGCGCUGUGGCGAUGUCCUCGCCCAGCAGGCUGUUGAUAGAAGAGGUCUCGAGAAGCAUGACUUUGCCCGCACCGGGCGCAUGGUUCUCUAUGGUGGAGCCUUCUUCGGUCCGGUGGCCACCACUUGGUUCGGCAUCCUUCAGCGUCACGUCGUCCUGAAAAGCACCAAGACCACCACUUUGGCCCGUGUGGCUGCUGAUCAGAUGGUCUUUGCACCAUUGCAGCUGACCUGCUUCCUGUCCUCGAUGGCCAUCAUGGAAGGGAGUGACCCGAUGGAGAAGUGGCGUAGUACCUUUGAGCCCAGCUACAAGGCCAACCUGAUAGUCUGGCCGUUUGUGCAAGGGGCCAACUUUUCUUUUGUGCCACCAGAGCUCCGUGUGCUAGUAGUGAAUGUGGUCAGCUUAGGUGAGUGA